AUGAAUUUCCAUAAUCAAAAACAAAACACUAUUGGUACUUAAUCAUAAAUAUUAAUGAAUAUAUUCAAAAAAUAAAAAAAUGAAUAAAUUGAAUUUAGUUUAAUUCCAUUACAUUAGAUAGUAACAUUAUAUGAAAAGAAAUUCUAAUUAGCUAAAAAAAAGGUAAAUUAAAGAAAAAGUGUUUUGCCUCAAUUAAAAUUAUCCAUAUUGUAAUUUUAAGAUCAAAUAAUAAAAUAAGUUCAAUAAUUAAUCUCAAUAAUUGAUAAUAUUCUAAUAAAAGAAGCAAAUUCAUAACAAUAAAAUUCAGAUUUAGAUGAUAAAAUUAAUAAAUUCUAUUUAUUAGAAUAUGAACCUUUAUUGAAAUAAUUUAAAGAGUUUGCUAGUAUUUCAAAAGAUGGUCUGCUUUAAAUAAAAAAAAAUGUAAAAAAAUUUGAAGGUGAUUGUAUAAAUUAUAAAAUGGUUGAAACUCUUGAAUAAAAUACUUUAUCAAAUGUGAUACUCUUCAAUCAUUAAAAUGAUGUAGUUUUUUAAGGAAUAGGAGAUAAUGUAAAAAUAUGGUAAUUUAAAAAUGGUCAAUUGUAUAAUAGUUAAUUAUUGUAAGGUCAUAAUCAAUAAAUCUUUUGUUUAGCUUGUAGUAAAAAUAAUAACAUGUUUGUUUCUGGAGGUGCUGAUAUGUCAAUUAGAAUUUGGGAAGAGAUUAACUAUAAGAAUUGGUAAACUACUUAGAUAUUAAAAGGACAUACUGGAUAUAUAUAUAGUAUUAUAAUAAAUAAAUCUGAUGAUUAAAUUAUUUCCAGUAGUUGUGAUAAUACAAUAUUAGUUUGGGGAAAGAAGCAAAAUAAAUGGGAGUGUAUUUAAAAUAUAGAUGUUCAUUAAAAUUCUGUAUAUUAAUUGAGUUUCAAUUAAUCAUUUACUUAAUUUUCAUCAUGUAGUUAUGAUAGAAAUUUAAUAAUAUGGAGUUUAAAUAAGGAAUCUGAGUGGAAAAAACAACAAAUUAUUAAACAUUAAUCAUAAAGUUUUAGAGCUUGUUUUAUAUAGGACAAUUAAAUAGUGCUUUAAUAAAAUUCAAAUAGAUAUAUAGAGAUUUAUACAAGGAAUUAAGCAAAUCUUUUUGUAAAUACAUAAACUAUAGAAUUGCAAUAUCUGAAUGUUGAUCUUUCUAGUUUUAGUCCAAUGUAAUUUGUUGUGAACAAAUAAAUAUUAUUGCUUAAACAUAAUAGCAAAACAAUAAUACUUAGAAGGAAGUAGAAUUGGAAAUUUUAAAUUGAAGAAGAAAUUGAUGGAGAAGCAAUAGGAACUUUAACAAAUGAUGGUAAAUAUUUAGUAUUAAUCAAUAAGAAGUUACGAUCAUUGCAAAUAUAUGA